CCCUCUCCAAUCAAACGCAAUUACAAUAUACAUAGCUCAAAAGCUUCCAGAGCAUUAUCAAAUACCAUCACGAGGAAUUAGACUGGAGGACUUUGAAAACGAUUGAAAAACAGUGUUUUACUUCCUCUAGCGGACUUUGUUUAGGUCUAAAAGCCAUUGGCUGCGUGGAAUUGAGUUCUAUAACCUCCCAGAGGAGGUCAUUGUUAAAAAGAAUUUGUUUGCGAAUGAAAAACCCACAAACUCGGGACUUGAACGCUUAAUUAUUUACGAGGAGCAAGUCUUGAAAGACAACUUGUUUUGUGGAGGAGUUCUGAGCUUCUAGGAACUGUUGGCCCGCAAUGAGUGAAAGAAGACAGCGAAAAAUCAGCACUGUCCAACAACCUGGGAUUCAUCGUUUUCCCGAGGACUUGAUCAUCCGCGAAACUAUUCCCGGUCACGACGCCGCCAAAGAGCUUGAAGAAAUCGCCCAUUGUGACUUAAAACUCGACGUAAAUUUUCUAAAUGAAUACGGGCAUACUGCUUUGGGGACUUCAGCGUUUGUGGGCAGUCUUCGUUGCUGUCAGAUCUUGAUCCAUUUAGGAGCAGAAGUGAGUAAGAAGGACAAUGAUGGCUGGACGGCACUGCACUAUGCUCUCGCAAAGGGAUAUUUAGACAUCGCCAAACUGUUGAUCAUGAAUGGUGGAAAUUUGUACACUAAGAAUUCAGAUAAUGAGACUGCGCUGGACUUUAUUGCCGACUCUGAGCUAAAGGAUUCUUUACUUCAAUUCCAGAACAAGUGUUCUAUGACCCAUACUGAACUCUAAACCAAUGAAAUAUCAUAGUCGCAUUUGGUCUUUAAUUUUUAACUGUCUUGGCACAGAAAAGUCAAGUCCUAAUUAUCUAAGAAUUAUCGCUUUGCAUAUUUCUUCUUUCUUUUUAAAACAAGUGUGCAUUGACUUAAAUCGAAAUCUAGAUUAGUGAAAUAUCACCGUAUAGUAGUAGUAGCAUUUGAACUUUAAGCUUUCUGUUUAGAAAAGUUAAUUCGAACUCAUCUAAAAUGAUCGCUUUGUAAUUAACUUUUUAUUUUCAUAGUUCGCAUAUUAGAUGUUAAUUUGCGAAAGUAUCACAAUACAUUUUGCAAAGAAUCAA